UAAAAUUUAAAAUUCUAAAUUUUUGGCUUUUUACAAACUUUUUGUUAAACAGAAAUAUUUAGUUUUAAUGCUUGUGGUUCAAUUUCGUAGCUGAAUUCUUACAAAUUGGCAAUGCCAAAACAUCCGAAGGUUUGCAUCAUUGGUGCAGAAGGCUGGGGCUCUGCAAUCGCCACUUCUGUGUGUAAAAAUGUCGUCGAUGGCGAAUUUGACACCCGAGUGCACAUAUAUGUAUACGAUGAGCUUGUUCGAAGCAAUUACCUUUCUGAGGUAAUGAAUGAACAGCACGAGAAUAUUAAAUACCUGCCUGGAAUAAGACUGCCAUCAAACUUGAUUGCCAUCAAUGACCUGAUUGCCGCCGCACGAAAUGCUGAUAUUUUAAUAUUUGCUACGCCGCAUAGCUUUGUAAAAUCAUACUGUAAUAUAUUAGCUGGCAAUGUAAAAAGCACUGCUUUUGCCAUCUCGUUAACCAAGGGUUUGGAGCAUAGAGAUGGCGAAAUCGAACUUUAUUCACAUACAAUUACCCACCUGUUGGGGAUACCAUGCUAUUCAAUGAUGAAUGCUAACAGUGCCAUGGAAAUGGCACAGGGAAAGCUCUGCGAAAUUACUAUUGGCUGCAACAAUGAUGCACAUGCGAAUCAAUUGAAUUAUCUGUUACAGACCGAAAAUUGUAUGGUGUUUACCAUUGAUGAUGUUGAUGGAGUGGAACUAUGUAAUACACUGAAGGAUUUAGUUGCGCUAAGUGCCGGCUUUAUUGAUGGCUUGCACCUGGGCGAAAAUGCCAGAAUCGCUUGCCUUCAUCUGGGCUUAAAGGAAAUGAUGCGAUUUAUCACGAAUUGCAAUCCAACUACCAAUGUGACUACAUUUUUGGAAAGCUGUGGCUUAGCAAAUUCGGUUGCUUCUGCGUAUGGUGAUAAAAACGUUACCUUUGCUAAGAACUUUGUUACCUCACAAAAAACUACACAAGAAAUUGAAGCAAGUCUUUUGAAUGGUCGCAAAUUGCUUGGUCCCAUUAUUGCUGGGGAGAUCUUUGCGUAUUUAGAUAACGAAGAUUUGCACGACAUAUAUCCAUUGUUUUCAAUAAUACAUCGUAUUUGUCAGAAGGAGGUACCUCCACAAGCCAUUGUAGAUACCCUCCGUAAUCAUCCGGACUUGCGCAAUUUCUCGGUCACCCAAUUCCAAAAAGAUGAGAGUCCGGUAUCCAUAUGCACAGACGGUAUUCUUGAGAAUAUAGCUGAUACAGUUCCCGAGUACACAACUGCUUCGUUAAAUGGCACUACUUUUGAUCAGGUGGAUAAUGAAGAAAUUUAUUGUGAUGCUGAAGACGAGAAGCAAGGCUUUUGGAAACCAUAUUUUCAAUAUUUUCAUACUGAAAGCAAUUCUAAGAAGUUAGAAGAGUUUCUUGAUAAGUCGCAGACCGCAACUGGAGCUAUUGAUGAACCCAAGCCUGACAGUGGUGGCGUAGAAUUUUCCUUUGAAAUGGGCUCAGAUAAGGAUAAGCCAGAAAUUUGUUUUGAGAUUAAAGAAUCUAUGGUGUGUCCAUCGUUUGCGGCAAGCGUGAUAACAGAGCCUGACAACGUCCUAGUCAGCUCACAAUUAAUUCCCAAUGAUAACGCAAAUGAUGAAAAGUCUGAUUUCAUUAUGGAAUCGCGGUUACAGCCGAUCGUAAUGUCACAGUCAGGCGAGAAUAAAACUGGGGCAAAACAUUCGGCUGCUGUCGGCUUAAAUGAGAUCAUUGAACGGCAUGUGAGGCCCUUAAAUGAAAAAUAUAAGGCAUUAAGGGUGAGGGUGAAGAGUAAAAAUGAAAAUUCCGAUCAGAAUAAAGACGCAAAACAAAAAACAAAGGCCCAAAAUGAGAGCUGUGCGGAGGAUGCUAAGCAGGCUGAUUCAGUCACUGAGAGUCAAGAGGAGCAGAAAAAUGAAACGACAGAAUCAGCGAAUUCAAAAAAAUGUGAAAAAGAGCAAAUACUAUAUGAACAGGAUUCUACGUUCAAAAUGCGACUGUUUGAUGACGAGCCAAAUGUUUCAAACUAUUUACAGUUGAUCCGCAAGAAAGAAACUGAAGCCUUGCAGAAUGAUCAAUGCUCAGUUACAAAUUUUAAGGGAAAGAGUUUAGAGCAAACGAACGACAGUUACAAAGUUGAUUCUGAAUCAAAAGAUGAUUCAAUUAAAUCAGAAGUGAGGGAGGGAACAACUGUCGAAUAUCAUGUUGACAACGAGAAAAGUUUGGAGAAAUCAAGCAAAGAUUCAACUAACAAUAAGGAUUUUAUUAGCAGCAGGGAGACAGAUACGAACAAAUAUUCUAAAUGGAUAGAUUUGAAGGACAGCCCAUCUGCGGAAUUCAAAAAGGUUCCUGAGGGUUACAGAUACGAUUAUAAAAUAAGCAUUAAAUCGAAAAAAUGUACAUUAGACAAAGUUCCUUAUACAAAAGCUUCAUUGGAAGCCCCAAAGAUGGAUAGUUCCUUUCCUAUGGCGAAGCCCGGUUGUCAGGAGGCAGAUAUCUGGCAGAAUUUCAACUUUGUAAACGGGUAUUGUCAAGACAAUUGGGGUCAGCAGGAAAUGAAAAAAGGCAAGUUGGAAAUCCAUGAAAAAUUACCGGAAUGUCUACUAUUCAAGCCUAUUACCUUUAAAAUCGACACUAACGAUUCGAAAAACACAAUUCAACCUGUUAUUCAGGCACCAGAUGAGCCCUUGUUAAUACUGCGCUCUGCUGAUGAAUAUCCACAGAGCUUGGAAUUAAAACAAGAAACAUAUUGUCCAAAUCUUAAGAGUGCCGACAUUUUUAACUCUCCAUCAGAGCACAAGGAAGUUUUGACGAAUAAAGUUUUAGUGGAACCCACAGCUGAACAAAACAGUAACAACGAUUUCGGUAAUAUGAAUAGAUCUGAUAAUCGACAAUAUGAAGGAGCAUUGAAUGAGAGACAUCAAGAAGGCAAUAUUGCUUUUCAUCCCCGAUUUUCUGUCGAAGACUUCAAACAUCAAGGACCUGCACGACACAUAAUAAUACAUAAGAAGUUCAGUAAAAUAGAGCGCACAGCUCCUCCUGUCAUUAGCGAAGACUCAAAGAAAAACUCUAAGGAUUCAAAUCACAACUCUUCUUCCACUGAAGUAAAAUCCACAUCAAGUGAAGACAGCAGCAAUGACUCGUCUGAACGAUAUAAUCAACGACCAGCUGGCGGGGAAGAGAGUAAUCAGGUAACAAAGGCUGGGUCGGAGAUGGUUCGAUCCAAUUUCGAUAGAAAUCAACGUAUUUGGCAAUUCAGUCCUAUGAAAAAACUCAGUCAGGGUAAAUUUACUUCAAAUACAGAAAUGGAAGUAGAAAACGCCAUUCUUGACGAUGUGAUACCCAAAACGAUUGACAGAAAACUAAAUGACAAAACAAAGUUCAUUAAUUACAAACCUCGAAGGGACCGCGAUGAUAGCGGCGACAAGGAAAAGAGAGGAAGGAACAAUGAAAAAAAAAAGGAGGAUAGACGUGGCGAGAACCGGAAUUCAGUCGAUGAGGAUCAGCGUACCUUAGCAUUAGAAUCAACUGAAAAUCGCGAAGAUGCUGCAUUCAUGGAUAAGCUAGAAACGGAUGUGGAGAAGGCCAUUCUAGAUGACCAAGUGCCUGCAGCCAUUGAAAGCAAAAUAAGUGACGAAGAAGCAAGUCAAAAUUUGGAUCUAAUACAUAACAAAAACAAUGAAAACACAAAUUUUACGGCAUUGGAUCAGGAUCAUACUCAACUAAAAUAUCUUAAGGCGGAACAGGAAGAAUCGCUUCUGUUGGAAAUAGAAUCAGAAGACGUAAAGAGCCGCAGUCAAGAUCCGAGUGGAAAGUCUCAGAGCCUUGAUGGAGACAGUGAGAGGGAAACUAAAGCAAUUCAAAUGGAAGACAACGCUCAACAAUUGUUAACAAGCAAGAUUCACGACGAAAAAGUACCUAAGCCUAGCUCAGAAUGGGAUUGGUUGUUGGAUAAUGAUAAAUUUGACAGCGCACUCGAAGAAUUCAAGAAGAACAAAGACGAUGCGGCUAAAAAACCAAAGCCUCUAGAUCUUUCUGACUUCAAACAAAAAUUGCAAACUUAUAGAUUAGAACGGUCCCAGGAACGAGAACGCAUGCAAGAGCCUAAAACCGAUCCCGAUCUAUUAUGGCCAAAACGAGAACAAGAUUCAAACGAGCCGACACAUAUAGAAGCACUUGUGAAGAGUGAGGAAACAACAAAGGAUGAAACCCCGGAACAGCUAGUGGAACACAGGGCUGAAUGGCCCAAGGACGAAGAGACAGUGAAAUUAACAUUUCACGAGCCAUCUCCUUGGAUGGAGGUUCAACCGAAUGUUGAAAAGGCCAUGGAUUUAGUUUCUCCAGACACGGAUGUUCCAGUGGCUGAGGACACACAGCUUAAAAAAGAAUGGCCAAAAGAAAACGUUUCAUACAACAUUGAAAUAGAACCGAGCGCGGAGGAGAAGAUUUCAUCCAUCGAAGAGUCAGAAGAAUCGACAGAUCCCAGGGAACGUAGAAAGCAAAAAUCUCAAGAGAUGUAUGAUAAAGCCAGGCAAGAAUUUUGGCUAGCGCAAGAUGAGCACGAAAACAAGACCAAACGUGAGGACUUGCAAGUCAGCGAAAUAACCAAACAGUUGACUAAAAUCAUGACAAAGGGCCAACCAGCCCCUCCGCAGCCAAAAGAGCGACCGGUCGAUUACCAGGGCGAUGAUCCAUAUAUCAAAGAAAGUAAAAGAGUGGCCAGACGCUCCUAUGGCAAUAUGCUGGAAGGGGAUAGUAAACAGCACAGCAGGGUUGUGGUUAAGCCAUUCCAUCCACCGCUCAAUCCGCGCGUCCGCAUACCGCGGCCCCCUUUUGAUGUACGAGAUCACGAAUACCACACCGUGAAUUUCCGUCCUCCACCUGAUCUACUGCGUAACGUUAUUCUGCCGAAGAAGCGAACAACGGUUACGUGCCAGGCAGGGCAGACGGGCACUAGAAGCGUGUCAAUGCUGCCGCGACCUGUGUUGAAGCUACCCCCAUUUAUGAUGCGCUCCUCCGUUCUGGCCAUAGAGCUGGGAUUUGUUGCCGCAAUUUUAUCGCGCUACAAAAGUGGCCGCAAGUAAGAAACGUAAUCAACUAAAAACACACAACAAUAUUAUCUAUUUUAUCCCGGUCAAAGUGUUCCUUUUGGCAAUAAAUUCGAUAUGAAAAUA